CGUGGCGCGAAUGCACAGACGUUUGUCGCGCCGUCGCUGCGUGGACGCUUUGUCAAGGUGAGUGAGGUGUGCGUUGGUAGGAGCGGCGCACGCCUCACCUGCCCCGGCGCGCGCGUGGCGGUGGAUCCCAACGGCGGUGCGAUUCUGAUCACCUCGCUGAUGCGCAACAAAGUGGUCUUGCCGGUUCGCCGGACCGACUUUGGCGUCGCCGCCGCCGCCUCCUCUUCUUCGUCAUCUUCGGCAACCGUCAUCUUCUCCGCCUGCGCGCUCGACGGCUUCGUUGACACCAGCGUGUUCGCGGUGCUUGAGCAAGAAACGGUGGAGGCGCAUGAUGAUGCGCCACUAAAGACCGAGGCGGGGUCGCCGCCCUCUGCCACCGCGGCAGCAAGCAAGCAGGGAGAUGCAAAGGCGGCAAAGGAGGGCAAGUACCUUGUGGUCUACGCCUACGUCCCCAGCCUGCAGCAGGUGCAGCGGACCCAUCUCGUCCGGCUCCCGGCGACGGCACACCGACUGGUGCCGAUCCCCGCCGCUCCUUUUGGCCCCGGCGGCGUUCUUGUCUGCACGGAUUCGGACGUGAUUUGCCCCCGCAACGGGGAUUUUCAAGUGCUCCGCCCUCUUCCCCGCCGUGCGGCCUUCACUGAGACGCUCUACGACCCCUCAAUCAUUGCCGACACCGUCACGUGCGUUCGAAAGGACUUCUUCAUGCUUCUCCAAGAUGAGCAAGGGGAUCUCUUCCGUGUGUUCCUGUCGCGUGUGAGCGUCCAACAGGCCUACGACGCGCUCAAAGCUGCCCGCAUCCAGCAGCAACAGCAGCAGGCGUUGGGCACGGCAGCCCCUCCUCCCCCUGUGGUGAACCCGCUGGCGGUCCACUACUUUGACACCAUCGCGCCCGCCUCGGACCUGUCGCUUUUCCCGCGCGGCUUCCUGCUUGCGGCCGCUGAAACCGGACCCUUCCACGGCCUCUACAAGAUCAUCCGGGACGGUUACACAAAAGAGAACGAGUACAUUGUCAAGCGCGUGAAGCGAGUCCGCGAGCUCCCCGCGGCCAAUGCAAAAAGACAGCGCGAGGAGGACGACGACAACGACACGAACGGCAAGCUCAAAGAGGAGGCCGGCGACUCUCACGCGCAGAACGUCAAGAAGGAAGACGCGCACGACGUUGAUGACCGGAAGCCAAAAGCGACCGGCAAGCUUGUCGCGUUGCUGCAACAGCAACAGCCACAACUACCGUCGGCUUCCGCCGCCAAGGCAGCAGCGCCCCCAACGCAGACAAUCACGCGUGUGAUCGCGAUUUACCAGCCCCACCUGUCGCUGAAGCACCUGGCGCUCGUGCAGACCUAUCCAAACACUCCUCCCUGUGGUCUCCUUCACUUCUUCGAUCCCGACGGCCGCCGCAACGGCGGGUGGUGCUGCGCCGGCCUCCGCGCCGGCACCGCCACGCGCGAACACGGACGGUUCCUCGAUGUCGGCAGCCGCAGCAGUGCGUUGCAGCGGCUGGUGCAAGAGUUGGAGUCCACCGUGGCGCAUGCACAGGCGCUGAUGGACGCCGCCUCCGCGAGCUCGCUCCUCGGGGCUAAUGGCGCUAACGGAGGCGAAAACGCGUCCUCUCCGGUGGUGGCGGCAGGGAAGACGGCGCGGAUGAAGGUCCUGCAGAAGCUCCUGACCACCUCCAGCAACCGAGUCAAUGCCCUCUGGACGGAUACGCUAUUGAUUACGACGGCGAAGGGCACGACGGCGUCCUACCACGUGAGCCGCACGAUGGAGCCAGAUUGGUGGACGGGCUUCACCACAGCCGAGCGCACGCUGGCGGCGGCGACGCUGAAGUACGGCGUCGGCUACGUGCAGGUGACGCCGAAGGCCAUUUACGUUUUGCCGCCCACCCCCAAGGAGGACCGGGAGCGCGAACGGCGUGGGGACGCGGCGCCUGCGUCGUCGACAGCGUCGCACGCGGCGUACGGCGGCGGCCUCGCUAGCUUCUCCUUCGGUCUCACCGGCACGCAGCUGGAGAAGAUUGAGGACUUGCCAACGUUUCCUACCUCGCCGGCCGUGUCGUUACUGCAGCCGUCGGCGGAGUCGCUCACGGGAUCCUCGACAAACGCGCAGUUCAACGCCUUCCUCUUCGGAGGCGCUGGCGGCCGCCACCGUCACGCCUCCUCCUCGUCUGCCGCUUCGCAGGCCGCGGCGAUGGGGGACGAGCUGGAGCUGGCGGCGAUCGCCACCAUGUCGCAGGAAGUCUAUCUCCUGAACCCGCGUAACCUCCGCGAGCAAAUCGACAAGAUCAACUGCCAAGACGUCGGCAGCAGCGGCGGCAGCGAGGAAAUUGUGGUGACUGGCGAAGACGGUGGCGUUACCCGCAGCAACAGCGGCGCGAUUGCGUCCGUCCUGCUGACCUACCUGGGCGGUGGAAGUACCGCCUAUGCCCAGGACGGGAGCGGCAAAUCUGGCGCGAAGGGGUCGGGGGGCGGUGGGUCCGUGCAACAACGCCAGCAGCAGCGCGGCAAACGUCUCUUUUGCUUUAUCGGUCACAUGAACGGCAUGCUCACCCGCUGCGAACUCGACCCAGUUACGGCGAAGGUGAUGGAUCGGGAGGAGCUGACCUGCGGCGUGGCUCCAUGCAGGAUGAUCAGCGGCGAUGGCCAGAGCGUCUGCUACAUCCAGUCUGGCGCCCACGCCUGGCGGUUGAAAAAAGAAAAGGAAGAAGAGGAGGCGGAGGAAGGCGAAAGGGUCGGGGAGGAGAAUGACGUUGACGAAGAGGAGGAAAGGCAGAACGGAGCGUCGUUGACCUUCAUCACGGCGGCCUCCGCAAGCAGCGGCACCACCGGGAGCGGCACCGGCGGUGGUGCGGGCCUGCGCGAUGAGCCGCCGCAUCCUGCAGCACACGACGGACCCCGCCUACUUUAUCCUCUUGUCCACGGAGCAUCGAGGGUACAGUAUCACGGAUAUCAAGCGGAUGCGGGCGGAGCGACAGGAGCAGAUGAAGCUGGGGCGGCGGCGGCGCCGCAGAGCGGACCCAUCUCGCUGGAUGCCCCGCAACGCGCUCUGGGCCAUGCAGACUUCUACAAUAGUACGCUGCAGCUGUACCACGAGGAAAGCAAUCGCAUGUUUCCCCGUUACUUUUUCACGGAGGGAGAGGCGGUGCUCUGCGGCGCGAUUGGCAGCUUCGUCGAGGACUUUGGCCGCGAGCCGGUGAUGGUGGUGGGGGCGGCCUCGCAGUAUUCCCACGGCGCGGGCUGUGGGGCGGCGCCGGCUGGUCGCAGGGCUGGCUCUGCGCCUUCCACUUUACCCGGCAGCAACCGCAACAGCAACACCAGCCGCAGCAGCAGCUGUUGGGUGGGAAGCCGGCGCUGCGCAUCGAGGCCCUCCACCGCACCUUCAUCCGCUCAGACGUGA